AUGGAAACGAACGACUGUAAACAACCAAAUGAGACGGUAAUGAAGAAUAACAAUAAUCAAAAGUGUUGGCCACCUCAACAGAAAAGUAGUAUUCCAGAGAAGCAUCCAGUAAGAUCGCCGCCUCCACCUCCUCCUCCAUUUCUCUUCCGUACAUACAUUCCAACUACGCGAGGUCAAAAACAAAAUAAUGAGAACAAGAAUACCUAA